UUCGCACACAAUCUCAGAAUCCUGGCGUGAAUUUCAGAGCUAAUCCGAGCGAUUAGAGGCGCGUCUGGCUAUCCGUGUGGUAGUCGAGGCUGAACCUUGAAAAUUUUGGUAUAAAAGCAACUGGACACUUAGAAUUGGGCAUCAGUGGCCUUAGUCUAUUACCCAAGUGUUGUGAUUAGUUUUGUCUGGGAUCAGUGGGAUAUUCAGUUCUUGGAGUUCUUGCCAAAAAAUCAUGGACAGAACCCUGAUUCUGGUGACGAUCUUACUGAUCGUGGCCAGUUGCCUGGCAUUUCCUGGCGGAUACGGAGGAGGAGGAACCACCCUCGGACACGGAGCACCCCAUGGAGGAGGAGGAGGAGGAUUAACGGGAGGGUUUUCAGGAGGAUUCUCAAAUGCUCACAGUAGUGCCAGUGCCAGUGCUCACAGUAGCAGUGGAAGUUUUGGUGGCCACUUCGGUGAUGGUGGAGGUGGUGGUGGCCAUGGCGGUGGCGGCCAUGGUGGUGGUGGUCACGGCGGUGGUGGCCACGGCGGUGGUGGCCACGGUGGCGGAGGUCAUGGAGCAGGUGGACACGGAGGCGGAAGUCACGGCCACGGAGGAGGAGGACACGGUCAUGGUGGAGGAGGCGGCGGUGGCGGCGGAGGUGGUGGAGGCUUUGGUGGAGGUGGCGGAGCUCAUGGACAUGGUGGACAUGGAGGACACGGAGGACAUCACGGUGGCCACGGACAUGGAUCACACUCGGGAAGCUGGGAGAGUGGUAGUCACGAAUUUGGCGGUCAUCAUGAUGCCCAUGGACAUGGAGGUCAUGGCGGCGGCGGUUUUGGAGGUGGCCACGGAGGUGGAUUCGGUGGUGGCCACGGCGGAGGAUUUGGGGGAGGCGGAGGCGGAGGAUUUGGCGGUGGACAUGGAGGAGGAUAUGGAAAACCAGGAUAUGGAAAAUAGGGAUUUGUUCGCACCAUGUUUGUCACAUCCUCACCUGAAAUCUUGGAUUAAUUAUUCUUAUAUCCAUGCAGCACAAUGUAGAACCUCAAGAAUCCCACGAAAAAAAAAUUAUGUCGAUUUUAGUGUAAGAGAGACAAAGUCUCAAGUAGCAUUGUUACAAAUCUAAUCAGUAAAUUGUAAAAGAAAAGUGUAUGUGAAGAUUUAAUAAAAAAAAAUAGUAAAAUGAUGAAAA